AUGAGAGACGAAGGCUUAUUUCGGCAUGAAAAUAUUCUGUAACCAGAACAGGACGAUUAUUAUGAAGAUCACCGGGAUGUUUCUUCUCGUGGUUAUUUCGUUUUGCACAGUGAAUUUACAGUGGUCCACUCUUGCAUCAAGAACAGAUCAUUUGUACAUCGGAAAAUCCCUGUUUAAACUGGACUUGUCAUGGCCUAAAUUCCCAGAGGAUUUCACUGGUCAAGUCUAUGGGGUGGCAGUGGACCAGGAAGCUGGUUUGGUGUAUGUUGCCCAGAGAGGGGAGAAUGUACCAAAGGUGCUCGUCUUUGACACAGACGGGGACUUUCUGCAAACUUGGAACACCACCACCCUAGAGAUGCCCCAUGGGAUCUUUGUUUCCAACGCCCUCACCGACCCCACCAUCUGGGUCACGGAUGUUGGAGCAGGUCCGUAUGGGCACACGGUGAAGAGGUACUCCCCUUCGGGUAAGCUCCUGCAGGUGUUGGGCACCCCUGGAAAGCCUGGCUCUGGCGUCAACCCGCUCCAGUUCGACCAGCCGGCAGAAGUGUUUGUGCAUUCCUCUGGGGAAGUGUACAUCGUGGACGGUGACGGUGGAAUGAACAACCGUCUGAUAAAAUUAUCAAAAGAUUUGCAGGUGGUGUGGAUUCAUGGAGAGAAAGGCGAGGCGCUCGCUCAGUUCUACAUUCCUCACAGUGUGGCGGUGGAUAGCUACCAGAGGGUGUGGGUGGCUGAUCGGGGCAAUAAGAGGAUCCAGGUCUUCAACGCCGUAACGGGGGACUGGAUCGGCAUGUGGGGGAGCUGCUUCAGUGAAGACGGCCCCUACUCAGUCAGACUAACAUCAGAUCAGAAGUAUUUUGUGGUGGCUCAGCUGAACACCAAUCAGAUCACUCUGCUGAAGGCCCCUCCUGUGGGUGUGAUUGGUCAGUGUGAGGUGGUCAGCGUUAUCCAGCUCGCAGAGGAUGUGAAACCCCACCUGGUCGACAUUGACGUCAAAACGGGAGCGCUGUACGUGGCCCAGAUUGGCGCGGCGCAGGCACAGAAGUUUCUUCCAUAUGUUUGAUUGUCAAGACUGCUUGGGCCUAUACCACAAAGCUGGUUCAGGAGUAAACCAGGUUAAGAUAAUAAUAGAAGAGCCUGGAGUCCUGUUUGUUCCUAAGAAAAUGAGGAGUCCGGUCUCUUCUAUUAGAUGAUUUACCUCUUAACUUCACCUGGCUUACUCCUGAACCAGCUUUGUAGUAUAGGCCCCUUGAAAGUGGACGCAGCGCGUUGCAUUCACAAACUUGUGAGGGAUAACUUGCUGAUCAGUGAUGGGGAAGCUGAAUUUCAGAAGCUACAGUCCAAAUCCACAUACCAAACAUAUUUUCACAGGUGGAAAAUUAUUAUUAUUACUAUUAUUAUUAUUAUUAUUAAUAUUAAUAUUAUUAUUUUAUUUUUGAAAUUCCGCCCCCUUUAAUUCAUUGGUUAAUUCCAAUCAGAUUAUCACCAAACAACCUGAGCACAUGUGUUUUAAUAUCUUUGUCUGCCUUCUGAAUUCAGAUUUUUCAUCGCUACUGUCGAUUGUAGAAAAUAUUUUGGGAACAAUGGAAAUCUCUUUCAUAGUGUUUUGCGUAAGUAAAUAUGAUGUUCUGAUUUUGUAGCUUUUAGAGAAUUGUGUAUGUUAAUUCUGUGAAGUACGUUUUUGCACUAUCAGGCUCAUCCAUCGUUGCCACCACCCUGUCCAGUUGUCAUUUUGUUUACAACUUUAAAAUGCCUCCAAAUGUGUUUCAACGGCUCAUAAACUUCUAUCAGUUUAAUAAGCACUUGUGAAUCGGGAGUCGGUUUGAGUUCUGCUUUCAAAUUAUGUCAACCAAAGACAAAAAAAUAUGAAAUGUUGAGGAUUUCUGGAUCGUGUUUCUGGAUUUUAAAUGCAAGGGUUACACAUAAGUCAUGUAUUGUAUCAAUUCAUAGAUUUGUGAUGUGAAUGUCUAACUGCAUCACAAUUUCCAUUGAAGUUGUGCCGUAUCUCUAUUAUCUCACUACCCCUAUGGGUUGCAACAACCAAUCAGACUUAAUCGGGCAGACAAACUGGUCAUGGGUGACCAAACUGAGAGGAUUGCCUAAACAGGGAAAAAUCUGUUUUCGUUGUUGUUUAUGUGAAUAUGUUGUCCAGUUGUAUUUGAAUGAACCAGUAUGAGUUCCAUGAGUAACUGUAUUUUAUAUUGUAUUUUAUUUUGGGACCUUUUAGGCUAGUGUAUGCAAGUUCAGUGUUUUCCUUUAAAUAAAAUAAGUAAUUUUUGACCAAUAGGACAGUACUGACCUUCCCUUGUCUGUAAUCCGGUGUUGUGGACAGUACUCGAGUACUUGUUCCAGUGCAAUAUUCAAAUAAAAUUAUGUUAUUCUUGGUUACGUGAUCGCAAGGUGGUGAGGAUAAUAUUGCCAGACAGAAAUGGAUUGUGAUACUUGUGCUGAUUUUUGCCUGUUUUCUUCUGUGUUAUUAUGGUGCACUGAUAAAUAUAAUGCAUUCUUUUGUCUCCCUGCCUGGCAACAAUAAAAGUGAUUAUCUAACAA